GACAGUGUCGAAGGACAGAGGACACUCACCUGUUGAACAUCAGCGAUCUGGUUUACAUUAUUAUCAUCCUUUUUUUCUUUUUUUUUUAAAGUCUCUUGUUUUUCUUCGGAGACUCAGGAGUGCGAGCCUUCAGGAUGACGGACACACUUUUACCAAACGGCAUCAAAGACAGCAGAGGAGACAGCACUUAUUUCAAAAAGGGCUGUAACCCGUUCGCCCAGACUGGACGAAGCAAACUGCAGAAUAAGCGAGCCAGUCUGAACCAGCAGAUCAUCAAACAGAUGAGGAUGAGGGCUGGAGCUGAGAACCUGCUGAAGGCCACAUCUAACAACAAGGUCAAAGAGAUGGUUCUGUUGGAGCUGAGUUAUGUUAAUGCCAACCUGCAGCUACUGAUGGGACAGCUGGAAGGACUCAACAGCUCAGUGGAGGUCUACCAGAACACCCAGGAAACUGCCAACAUCCCCCUCAUUGCUCUUGGUCUAAAGGAGACAAAAGAAAUUGACUUCUCCACUCCUUUCAAGGACUUUAUUUUGGAGCACUACAGUGAAGAUGGGAACAGUUUUGAAGAUGAGAUUGCUGACCUGAUGGACCUGCGACAGGCUUGUCGGACGCCAAGUCGAAACGAGGCAGGAGUGGAGCUGCUUGCAAAAUACUACAGCCAUCUUCCUCUGAUGGAGAGCCGAUUCUUCUCCCCAAAUCGACAGACUGGCAUCUUCUUCACCUGGUAUGACUCCUUCACAGGAGUGCCAUUGUGCCAACAGAACCUGUCCCUGGAGAAGGCCAGCAUCCUCUUCAACAUGGCCGCCCUCUACUCUCAGAUCGGUACCCGUAGUGACCGACAGACAAUAGCCGGCCUGGAGGAGGCUAUCUCUUCCUUCCAGAAAGCUGCAGGUAUCCUGAACCAUCUGAAGGAGACAUUCACCCACACUCCCAGCUACGACAUGAGUCCAGCCAUGCUCAGUAUGUUGAUCCGGAUGAUGCUUGCUCAGGCUCAGGAGUGUCUGUUUGAGAAGACUGCAUUGCCUGGGAUUCGAAACCAGUUCUACUCCCUGAUGAAAAUGGCCCAAGAGGCUGCGAAGGUCUCGGAAACCUACGACCAUGUUCACCAGUCCAUGAUCCAGACACCAAUCAAAGACAAUGUCCCGUUGUUCUGGUCCACCAUGUCGCAAGUCAAAACCAACCACUACCGCUCCAUGGCACACUACUUUGUGGCCUCAGCCCUGCUUGACCACCAGUUGGGUCCCAGUGAUGAUGAGGACCAGCAGGAGAAGACCCUGUCACAGGUCUAUGAUCGUCUUCCUGAGGGACGCUCUCCUCUGGACAUCCUGAAGAAGAAAGAUGAGCGUGAACGAAUUGGCAAAGCACACAUUCGACGGGCCAUCCUGGGUCAUGAGGAGGCUCUGAGGAUUUAUAGUUUGUGCCAUCACUUGAACAAACUGGAGAUCCUGGAGGACAUUUUAAAAGCCAGUAACCAGCGCUCACUUAAAAAGUUCAGUGAAAAUGAAAGCGAGGAAGAAUUCACUGACUACAUGGAGGCGCCCGACAUCAUCUCUAAAACAGAGCACAAAGCAGAGAUGGAGGUUCCUGCAACCACAAAGGUGAAAGUCACCGACUUUUUCCAGAGGCUGGGCCCUCUGUCAUUCUUCUCAGCCAAGCAGCGGUGGACAGCCCCACGGACAGUACGACUUUGCCCAGAAGACAGAGACCUGGGUUUCACCCUGAAAGGAGAAUCACCAGUCCAGGUGGUUUCGUUGGACCCACUCUGCCCAGCUGCUGCUGAUGGCCUCAAAGAAGGUGACUACAUUGUUGCUGUGAGCGACACUGACUGCAAAUGGUUGGGUGUGAGCGAGGUGAUGCGGCUUCUGAAGGACGUGAAUGAGGAGGGGAUCGACAUCCAAGUGGUCAGCUUAAUGGACAGCAACCCCCCCAUGCCUACCAAGAGUGCCACCUUCUGUGGAAACCUACCGAAGACCUACUCCAUGAUUUGUCUGGCCUAUGAUGAUGAUGACAAGAACCCCAAAGCCCGCAAGGUAACCAAGAAGUCAUCCUUCCUCAGCUGGGGUCUGAAGAACAAGCUGAAGAGUGCCAGCACCCUCAGCCUUCCCACAGCAGACCAGUCUGGUGGCCUGCCCUGGAAUAAACCCUGUCCCACCUUCCCCAGCUCCAGCUCCUACAACAAUGACAGCGCCCUGUACUGAACUCGCUGCAGACUUUUUACUGUCUGCAAGCAUCGUGCAUUAUGCAUAUUGAGCCUAGUAUGGCUAUAUACAGUGCUGUGCUGUACCCAUACUGGACCUGCUGUGGUACAGAGUCAGUGCCCUUUGGUGUUUCCACUGGAAUACUGAGCAGUAGUGUAUGUAACUUGAAUGUCACCGCUGUGACAUUACUGCCAGCUACCUUGGAAAGUGGCUGUGCCAAAUACUGUAUAUGGGUGCCCAUGUUGGUACAUGGGCACCUUCCCAGCACAGUUCAGUAUCAGAAGUAAACUGGACUGCACACUAGACAUAAUGGAAAAUCAUUCUGUACCAUGCCAGUAUGCGUACAGCACAGUACGACUGCACUGUGGGAAAAACAUACCAGUUAUCAUUCCAGUCUAUAUAUAAACACAGCACUGAGACAGGUUUCUAAGUUAAACUGUCAUCUCAGUAUGUUUUCUUGAAGAAAUACUCCAGACGAAUUGAAGGACGAAAACAAAGUUGUACAAACACACCCAGUGUCGGUUUCUACUUGACUGCAAAGGGGUGAUUUUUUUGUGGCUUAAGCAUUCCCUUGUUAGCUCCAUUGUGUACUGAUGUAGCUGUGCACUGUGCAGUUAUGUUCUCUGUGUAUCCUCAGUUAAUGUUAAUUUCAUACUGUAUAUGCGAAGGAUCUGGUCAUUGUCAGAUGUUCUGUGGACAGUGAUCAGUUUUGGGUAUUGAAAUACAUAUAUUUUCUGAAUAGAUAUGUAGAUGUAAACUUGUUGCAGUAUGUUAAACUGAUUUAGGGAAAACAGAUUGUGCUGUGCAGUUGUUUUUUUUGUGUGGGGGAGAGUUGAAGAAUGCAAUAUCCUAUAAGCUGCUAAAAAACAUAUAUAUAUACCUUGGUUCUGUAUUAUUGUCAUUUUUGUAUUUUUGAGAUAGCCUUUGAGGAUUAUUGUUUCUGUUGAGUGCCAAGCCUGGGACACAGUGUAAAUGGAAAUACUGGUGUUUUAGGUUUGCUUAAUGUACCAGUUACGCCACAGACCAAAAUGCCUCCAUGUCCCUGCUAUGCCAGUAUAUACCAUUUAUCAUCCUGACUCAUCUUACCCACUUCUGGCCCUCUUUUAUCAGUGCUGCUGCUGUCUGGCAGUUUGUCCAUUUGUAGGUAGAACAUGAGCUGUUUGACUCCAGUAAUGUGAAUCUUGAUGUAGUUAAAGGUUAUUUUAUCUCCGCAAGGGAAGAAUGUGGGCAGACUGAUGACAUUCCUGCAUUGAACCUAGACAGCAGGUCAGUGACUUCAAUCAAAGCCCACAGUCAGGUUUCUACCAUUUGUCUCUACUUGUCUUAAUCCUGUUCACAUCCCACAUUCAACUGACACUUUGCAGUGUUGGACUAUCUCUUUAUCUACAAAGUAGAUUCUUAUACACAUUUGAUAAUCAAAUUAUUUAUGUAAUGAAAAAUACACACAAAAAUAUAUAUAUAUUUACCUGUUAAGUUGUAGGUGUCAAAACUAGUUUGUGAAUGGUCAAGUUGUGAAUUUUUGCACGUCGGAUUUCUUGGUUGGUUUCUUGGAGGAAUGUAUUUUACUAGCCUUGCUUAAUCCUUUGGUGAACGUAUAUAUACUGGUACAUUUUGUCUAUGUAAAGAUAUUUUAAAAUGUAAAUGUUUUUAAACAGUAACACUGAGAAGAUGUAACACUCUUUACUGUCUCUGUUUACUUAAUAUGAUGUCUUAAGUGCCAUUUAUACUAAAUCAUGAAGGAAAGUGUCACAAUCAGUGUAUAACAAGAAUGUGCAGUAGCUGAUUCAUAUUAAUAGGUGCCAACUAAGUGUGCUAGCAGUGGCAGGUAUACCUACACAGGUGUGAUGAUUUAAACUUUUGCAUGCAUUUCACAGUGCAUAGUGAUCCUAAAUGCCUGGGUGUAUAUGCAGAGAGCUAUGGUACCUGUUCUUCAGAGGUUUCAUGUUGCCAUUUCUUUAUCUGUACUCGGUGCUGCAUAGCAACUGCGGUGUAAAUGCUUUGUUGGUAAGUCUUUGUUAUAUGUGUGAACUCAGAUCUCAAUAAAACGGGGACAAAAACAAA